AUGGAGGUGUUGAUCCUCCUGUGCAAGCGAUAUGGUAUUCUGGGUACCAAGCCCAAGGCCAAAGCCGUGAAGGAGUGGGCUGCCCUGGAGGGAGGGACGAUGCGUGUGGGUGCAAUGCACGGACUGUUUUUGGCAAAACGGUCCCCCGGAGCACGGUCGCAGAAAAUGUUGGUCCUCAAGCAGGUCAUCCGAUCUGCUGAUGAGUCGGGAGGUCGAGACCCAGAUGCCUCCCUGGACGGUGCACUAGAAGUACUUUCUGCCGAGGCAACGCCAAGCUCUCGCUCUCCAUCCGUGGCUCCGUCCCCGGAUAUGCUUCCGGAGGUGCGCAUUGAACUCCAAAGUGAGAAUGGGCUCCUCGGCAUUGGGCCGUAUCCGACAGAGGGGGAGGUCGAUCCCGACCUCAUUAAUGCGGGAAAGGAGACGGUCACAAUGAUUCCCGGCUCUUCGCUCUUCUCCUCCUCGGAGUCCUUUGGCAUGAUCCGAGGGUCCAAGGUGGACGUGACGAUCCUGGGCGCCAUGGAGGUGGCUGCAAACGGGGACCUUGCCAACUGGAUCAUUCCAGGGAAGAUGGUCAAGGGCAUGGGAGGAGCCAUGGACCUCGUGUCCUCCAACUCGAAAGUGCUCGUCGUCAUGGAGCACGUGGCGAAGGGCAACAAGCACAAGCUGAAAAAGAGCUGUGAUCUGCCACUUACCGGCAAAAGGGUUGUGGAUCGCUGCAUCACCGACCUUGCGGUCUUCGAUUUCGCCACCGAGGGAGCUGAGGUGCCUCCGGGGCGCCAGGAUCGUGGUUCUGCGGCUGAGGCGAGCAUUCCUGGCGCGGCUUGA